AAUUGUGACUUUUCACGUACUUUUGUCUUGCUGGGAUUCUCAGAAUUUCUGUGGCUGGAGAGGCUUCUCUUCGCAGUGGUCCUGGUCUCCUACAUCCUCACCCUUGUGGGGAACAGCUCCAUCAUGCUCCUCUCCCUGGUGGACCCCAGACUCCAGACAUCCAUGUACUUCUUCCUUGACAACCUCUCUCUGCUGGACCUUGGUAUCACCUGCACCAUUGUGCUCCAGCUUCUGACCAACCUGUGGGGACCAGACAAGACAAUUACUGCAUGGGGCUGCAUCACACAGCUCUAUGUUUACACAUGGGUGGGCACCACAGAAUGUGCCCUUCUGGCCAUGAUGACCAUUGAUCCUUAUGUGGCCAUCUGCCAGCCACUCCAGUACAUUCUCAUCAUGCGCACCUCAGUGUGCAUGCAGAUGGCAGCUGCAUGCUGGUCCAGUGGCCUGGCCAAUGCUCUGCUCCAAGCCACACUCACUGUCCAGCUCCCACUCUGUAGGCACCACACCCUGGACCACUUCUUCUGUGAGAUACCUAUGCUCAUCAAGCUGGCCUGUGGGGACACCUCUGCUAAUGACCUGGCCCUGGCUAUAGGAGCCAUCCUUUUUGCACUACUGUCUCCCAUACUAGUACUCAUCUCCUACACCCUCAUUGCCAGGGCUGUACUUAAAUUACCUUCAGCUGAAGGAAGGCACAAGGCCCUCAGCACCUGCAGUUCCCACUUGCUGGCGGUCACUAUGUACGUUGCCCCUGCCAUGUACAUGUACCUCCAGUCCCCUGCUCACAGCACCCAGGCCAAGUUCUUGUCUUUCUUCUACUGUGUUAUGACCCCAGUGCUAAACCCAUUCAUCUACACCCUGAGAAACAAGGAUGUGAAGAGAGCAUGGAAGAGGAUCCUGCAAUCCCAGGGUGGGGUGCAGUCUUUAAAAGCUAGAUGCAAGAUACAAAAUUAA